GGAAUGGAUGAGCACUCGGCUGUGCGAGAGUGAGUGCUUCAGUGGUACAGUGGCGAAUUAGGCUCAGACGGUACGAUUUGUACUGUACAGAGAACCGGGCCCGCGCGACGAGGGGGGGGGAGCAGCGGAGCGGGCCGCUCCCGCUGGACCCUCGCGCGCGAGGCCUGCACUCUGCCUGCAGGGCCGGGCAGGCUCUCCUCGAGGCGGGCCCCUGGAUCGGGCCCGGCUCCCGGGGCCUGGGAGCCGAGUCCGAGAGGUCCUGCGCGCCAGAGGCCGAGCCGCAAGUGGAGCGUGGCAGCACGCAGCAGCGGUGUGACCGUCGCGGGACAUGCCCCCGGCUGACUGGCUGGCCGGCUGCUCCCAUGGAGGCUUUGGGCUUCAGCAGACCAAGUCCUUCCGCUGCCCCAGAUGACCUCCAGGAGACCUGGGACCCACCCCACACGCAUGCCGGGCUGCGGCGCCAGAAGACAAGUGAAGACGACUCGCACCGCGACAAACCUGCCCAGGGCCUGGACGCCCACGCCAUGCGGGAGAACUCCGCUCGGGCCCCCGACGCGCGGGCCAGGAGCUGCCCCUGCCCACCCCCGGCCCUGAUGAUUCGGGAGCGGCUGGACGCACGAAGGCUCCGGGACAGCUCCAGUCCGGGGCAGCUCUGGUUCGGGCCCCCCCGAGGCCUGGAUCAGGAGCUGUCUUUUACCACCCCGAGCCCUCAUGACUCGGGGCUCUGAAAAACAGCCACCCCCGUGCGGGAGCAGGCUCCUAUGGGAGCAGGCUCCUCCCGCGAGACGCCACGCCACGGCCCAGCGUUAGGUCGGGCGGGCAUGUCCUCCUACAGGCGGAUUUCUA